ACAUCCGCCUUGCGCUACACGUUAUAAACAAAGCAACGCCACAGCAACAAUUUGCGCAGUUUCAAAGAAAAAAGAGAAGUUUUGUGGACUUUUUUUGGGGAGUGUUCUUCUCGGGACAAUCAGCAGUUAAACCAACAGGCUCUGCACCUCUUUGAAAUGGACGACAUCAAGGUUGUUGAGUCCAAACCCCUGCUGGUUGACAGGGAGCUGCCGGGCUUGCGAGAGGCAGUACAGCAGCUUGUUACCCAGGAGCACGAUGUGGAGACUCCUCAUGGAAGGCUUCACUGUACGAUGAAGGGGGUUCCCAAGGGUGACAGACCAGUCAUCCUCACCUUCCACGACAUUGGACUGAACCACAAAACCUGCUGGGACACGCUCUUCAACCAUGAGGACAUGGCAGAAAUCAUGCACCACUUUGCCGUGUGUCACGUCGAUGCCCUGGGGCAGCAUGAGGGCGCUAACACUUUUUCCACUGGGUAUGAGUACCCAUCUAUGGACCAGCUGUCUGAGACUCUCCCACUGGUGCUGAAGCACUUUGGCCUGAAGAGUGUUAUUGGAAUGGGCAUCGGAGCUGGAGCGUACGUUCUGACCAGAUUCGCUCUGGACUAUCCCAACAUGAUGGAGGGCCUGUUGCUCAUCAACAUCAACCCAUGUGCUGAGGGAUGGAUGGACUGGGCUGCACACAAGAUCAGCGGCUGGACCCACGCCAUGCCUGACAUGAUCAUCGGCCACCUCUUUGGAAAGGAGGAGAUCCACCACAACCAGGACUUAAUUGCAACAUACCGCCACCACAUCCUAAACGACAUGAACCAGUUUAACCUGCAUCUCUUUGUCAAGUCCUAUGAAAGUCGGAGGGAUUUGGAAGUCGAGAGGCCGGUCCCUGGAAGCAAUGUCAGAACCCUCAAGUGCCCUUCCCUGCUGGUGGUUGGCGACAAUUCUCCCGCUGUUGAGGCUGUGGUUGAAUGCAACACCAAGCUGGACCCAACAAAGACUACACUGCUCAAGAUGGCUGACUGCGGUGGCAUGCCCCAGGUUGACCAGCCUGCCAAACUGACAGAAGCUUUCAAGUACUUCAUUCAGGGCAUGGGAUACAUGCCCUCCGCCAGCAUGACCCGCCUGGUCCGCUCCCGCACCGCCUCCGGCUCCAGCGUCACCUCCUUCGAGGGCAACCGCUCGCGCUCCCACACCAGCGAGGGCAACCGCUCCCGCUCGCACACCAACGAGGGCAGCCGCAGCCGCAGCCACACGGCCGACGCCCAGCACGCCCGCUCCCACAUGGACACCUCCGCGGACAGCACGGCCAACAACAACGUGGACCAGGCCGUUCCCAAGUCCACCGAAGUCUCCUGCUAAGUGACCCUCCGUUUUGCCAGACGCCUCCCACCCCCCAACCCCUUCAAAAAAACAAAAAAAAAACCACUCAAGGUCCCUUCGGUUUGUGCUGCGCCGUCUCUAAUUCACACACAGGCAAUCCUACGCACACACGAUGUAGAGAAAGAUUGUAUACCUAGAGUUGUAAAAGCGCACAAUGGACACUCGCCUGCAGAGGUGCGGCUGAGAUGCCCUAAUUUGAAAAUAUGUCUUUUGAGUAGGAGGUGAAGGUCAACCGUUUUUGCAUGCUUUGUCAUCCUGAGGGAACUAAUAUCUGAACAGAAAAUGUUUCAGUUCCUCAGUCAGGUGAGUGUAAUUAAAGGCAGCGCAGCACUCGGGGACGCCGAAGCAGAGAAUGUCGGAGAAAGCUGUGGCUGCGAGUACACCAGCUUGUAAAUGUAUCUCUUAUAAUUUCUCAUACAUUAAAACCAAUUAAUUUCCACUGCAGCAUUCCCUCACCCUGUUUUUAUCCAUUUUUACCAUAUUGACACAGCUUUCUCAAAUAUACCCGACUGUAAAUGUCUGUUUUCUGUUCUUACUGUAAUUGUCUGAUCAUUUAUUCUUUUGUUUUUUUUCUUUCUCCAUGUCUGAAGUGUUGUCGUUUGUACGUAGGAGCAGAUUUGUAGACUUGGAAAGAGAAUGUGGAGGCACUCGGAUGAAUAAUUGCAUUUGUAACUUUGAAAAUUAAGGGACAAACUUCAAGUAUAUCGUGUAUAUACAGCGAAUAAUGUUUCAUCCUGCGUCUUGCGUCCAUUUUUUUUUUUUUAGUUUGUCUGUUAGUGAAACCAUUUGCUAUAUCAGCUCACAGAUGAAAUUUUUAAUACAUCGUUUCGGGAAUAAAUUUUUAGUACAUUC